GACUACUGUAGGGGAAACAGUACCCAUCACUCAGAGCAACAACACUGUCCUGUCCCUGGUUACUGACACGGAAAGGAGACAAUCCUGAUAUUCUGAAUAUUGAGCUGUUUGCCAUUCCAGCUAAAAGGGUCAUAUUUGGAGUCCAGUAUGACGGUCCCAGUGCUCCUCUUCCUGCUGCUUCCUGUGGCAAUACUCUCACUUCCUGUGAAAAAGUACCAGCCAAUGGAUUGUGAGGAUGUCUACUACAACGGCUCUACAGAGAGCAGGGUGUACACCAUCUUCCCUGCUGGACAGCAUUCUCCUGUCCAGGUCUUCUGUGAGAUGGGCUGUGAGGAAGACAGUGAUGGAGGAAGGUGGACAGUGAUUCAGAGGAGGAUGGAUGGCUCUGUGAACUUCUACAAGCCCUGGGAGCAGUACAAGAACGGCUUUGGGAAUGUAUCUGGAGAGUACUGGCUGGGACUGGAGAACAUCUUCCUUCUCACCUGGGCAAAGAAGUAUGAGCUGAAGGUGGACAUGGAGGACUUUGAGGGGGGGAAGGUCCACGCCACGUACGCCACCUUUGCUAUCGACUCUGAGGCAGAUGGGUACAGGCUGCAGCUUGGAAAGUACAUAGAUGGAGGAGCAGGAGAUGCUCUGAGCUAUCACAAUCAGCAAAAGUUUUCCACCUUCGACAAGGACCAGGAUAACUACUACUACUAUUAUUACUACUCUUAUUAUAACUGUGCUGAAAGACAUCAGGGAGGAUUUUGGUUUAACUCCUGCAUGAAUGCAAACCCCAACGGCUUGUACGUGUGGGGGCAGACCAGCAACUAUGACAUCGGUGUCAAGUGGCAGACCUGGAAGAGCUACUACUCCCUGAAGUCCAUCACCAUGAAGAUCAGACCCUUGUCUCUGGAUGAUGUGGAGGAUAACAAGGGGCCUGUCUCUGCUAUCCCAUAGGAGUAGGAGGAGCUUCCAUGCCCCCACUCCUCCCUGAUUCUGCCACGCCCACUCACUAUAUCUGAGCCACACACUUCCUGUCACAAGCCAUGGUGUAGGUCAAUGUGUGGCUCUGCGUGUGUAGGUCAAUGGUGUAGGUCAAUGUGUAGCUCUAGGUGUGAUAUUAGUUGCUCCUAUGUUACACCACAGUUGCUCUUAUAGUUA